AUGAGCGGCGGCUCAACCGUCCAACACAUCGACGCUGUCGAUGCUCUCGCCCGAACUCUCUAUCUUCGCGCCAAACAGUCAGGCCUUCCAUUUACCGACGUAGCAAAUGCCGUCCGAAACCUCCAUCUAGCCCUGCGACAUUUACGCAUCGAAGCAGCUGAUCAGGAUUCUCUUCUCAACAACGCCAACGCAUCUUCCUCAUCGCUCUACGCCCGUCAACUCGCGCCCCUCGUCGAAGACUGCGAUUUUAUUCUUGCCCAACUCGAGACUCUUCUGGGCAAGUAUGGAGAUGGUCGCGCUGUCAUGCCUGAGGAUGAGCGCAUGCGAGAUGACCAGUUAUUAGUCAUGAAACAGAAACUUGAUCACGGCAAGAGCAGCGUUGACUGGUUCCUUGACGCCGUUCAGCUGCAUGCCGAGAACAGACCAACCAGGGUUGUUGAUGGCCAAGAAGGCCUUGAAGGAAUCAAGGAUGUGGUCGACGAAAUCGCCACCAAAUUAUUCCGGGAUCGCAGCGAAGGCAGUUUUACUGAAGACGAAGAUGGUCUAUGGCGCGAAUUCAAGCUUGAGCUAGAGAAUCGAGGAUUCUCUCCCCAAGUGCUACGUAAACACAAGGAUGUUCUACGAGCUUAUGUGCGAGAGCUCGAGUCUGUUCAGAACCAGUACGGCGGUAACUAUCCCACCGUCAGAGGCCUUUUGGAACACGAAGCUCGGUCUCAACCCAGCUCUCCCCAAGAACUCGAUAGUAGCCCCUAUGAAAAGUACCCGCCAGUCAUUAUUACUGGUGGCCGAAGAAGAUCAAAUAGCGACCAUUCCAGAGACGCAGUUCCAUCUUCUCCAAGAGACGGCGACAAUGAGUCCGACUACUCUAUGGCACUAGUAUCAACCCAGGACCUUCUUGCCCUGGAUAACAUCAGCUCUCGAAUGGCAAACUUGAGUAUCCAGCCCACUGAUCAAUAUAGCCUGUCUCCUGGACACAGGCAUUUACCACCCAACAAUUUUUCGGACGUUCCGGAGAUAUCCAGUUCACCUACUGCGUAUCACCUGGAUGCAUCCCCACGCUCCAUGCCUUCAAUGCCCCAUCACGCAAGCAGCGGACCUCCGUCUUACGGGACCAGCCCGCGCAGCAGCGCCCCUCGGCUGGCUCCAGACAGAUGGGGUAACGAGAUUCCGCCUGAGGCUCAGUGGACAAGAAUUAGACGAGAUCUUGUCAGCCCUGAAGUGCUUGAACGAGCCGGUGUACGUUACGAGGCUCGCCCCGAAUACGUUGCGGUCCUAGGACGCUUGUCCCGUGAAGAUGUUACCAAGUUCGCCCGCGAAAGUGCUGCCUGUCGUGCUGCCCGCGCGAGACGUGACCCUCCACCUCGCAGGCAUGAUAACUACUCUGAGCGUCGGGACUCAAAGAGUAGCCGGGAAGAGGAAGAUGAUGACAGUGGAGUCUUUGAUGAGACCGAUGCCACAGACGAGGACGACGAUAGGUCUUCAGAGAAAGGCACAAAGAGCUACCCGUUCAUCGUCAAUCCUCCUUCCAAGAGCAAGACAUCGCCUUCGAGCACUACACUCCCCAAGCCAAUCCUCAAGAACAAAAACGAAAACCACGUGCGGUUCGGCCCUGACCCGUACGAGGUAGAUAGCCGAAGUCCUCGUUCUUAUAGGGAUGAUCGUCAUCGCGAUCGCGAUCAUCACCGCGAACGUCGACACCAGAGCCCAUCAAGAUCUUCGCGACGCUCACGAAGGUAUUCUGAUGGCGCAGAUCGCCACUCGCGCAGUGAAAAGCACGGUGACUAUUAUCAUGAUGGCGGAAAGCGAUAUCACCGUGAGAGAGAUCGUGACCGUGACCGCGACCGCGACCGCGAGAGAGAACGGGAUCGUGACAGGGAUCGCGACAGGAGAAGCACGAGAAAAGAAGAUCGUCCUCAAGGAAGGAAGAAAUGGGGAGAAGCUCUCGGUGCUGUCGGUAUUGGUGGUGCAGCAGUGAGUCUUUUGAGCGUGCUAGCUGAAGCCGCAUCCUGA